CGAUCCGCCACAGGAAUCUAGAUAACCCGUCUUCUUCCAUUUUCGGACUCCACAAAAAAGAGAAAUUUGUUCAAGAAUUUCUGUCAUAAAUCGAUUCUUUCCCUCGAAUCAGUGUCCCUGAUAGCGAAGCAAUCGCAGCUUCGUUUCUGAGGAAUUUGAUCAAAUCUAGUGGACUUCGUGUUUUGAAGGUUGCAUUUUUCACUUAGAUAGAUAAGUAUUUUUAUGGCAUUUGAAUGCCACCAGACUGUAAGAAUUGGCUCAAAGGACACCUCAAUAGAUUGCUUAGAUAAUCCGCCCGCAGAAGAAGUUGACAAACGUCAAGUUAUAUCAACUAACAAUAUCAAGAAUUUUACUUCUGAGUCUGACAAUCCAAAAUACACAUCUAUAUUAAAUGCCAAUACACCUUCUGUCAAUGAAAGUUUACCUAAUUAUAUUCGGUCCAUCACUGACCUUCCCCCGGCAUUGAUAUCUGAAAUCCUCAACUGCCUUGAUCCAAAAGAGCUGGGCAUUGUGUCCUGUGUCAACACUUAUUUGUAUAGGCUGGCGUCCGAACACCAUGUGUGGAAGGAGUUUUACUGUGAGAGGUGGGGCCAUCCAAUAACGCUGGCCAAUUUUGGGCCAGGGAAUUCGGACGAGAGAUCAUGGAAGGAGCUGUUUGUGGAUAGGGAUUUCCAUAGCAAGACUUUUAUGGGUCGUUUUAGUAUUGAUACUCUGUAUGGGCAUACUGAAGCAAUUAGGGCAGUUUUUGUAUUGGCUUCUAAGAAGAUUGUUUUUACUUCGGGUUAUGAUCAGAUUGUGAGAAUGUGGGACAUGGAGGAAGGGUUGUCAAUCGCAUCAUCUAGGCCUCUUGGGUGUACGAUUCGUGCAUUGGCAGCCGAUACAAAGGUUUUGGUUGCUGGGGGUACAGAUGGGUUCAUACAUGGUUGGAAGGCAGACGAUGGGAAUGCUCACUUAUUUGAUCUCUGUGCACCAAAAAAUCAGAAUAUGGAAUUUCGGGUUUGGGAACAUGAAGGCCCCAUAACUUGUCUUGCAUUGGAUUUUGGUAAGAUUUACAGUGGUUCUUGGGACAUGACUAUAUGUAUUUGGGAUCGUUCUUCUUUGAAAUGUUUGAAGGUGUUGGUGCAUAAUGAUUGGGUUUGGAGCCUCGUACCUCAUGACACUAUACUAAUGAGUGCAGCAGGUUCUGAUGUACACCUUUGGGACAUUAAUAGUGGAACUCCUCUAGCCAUUAUCAAUAAUGCACACGUUGGCAAUGCAUAUUCUUUGGCAUGUAGUCAUACUGGGAAGCUCAUAUUUACUGGAGGAGAAGAUGGUUCUAUACACAUGUUUGAGAUCAUAAGAAAUGCUAAGUGUAGUGUGCGAAAGAUUGCAACAUGGCUUCCUCACACAGGAUCUGUUUAUUCUCUUGCUUUUGAAUUCCCUUGGCUUGUUUCAGCUUCCAGUGAUGGGAAAAUAUCACUUAUUGAUGUGAGAAAAUUGUUGAAAAAGACAAGCAAGCACUCUUCAAUUGAAAAUCCUUUUAAGGGCAACCACAUGGACAAAAAACAUGUAGAACCUCCUCAAAGAAUGCUCCAUGGGUUUGGCUGCAAUUUGUUCUCGGUUGGCAUUGGCUGUGAUCGUAUUGUUGGUGGAGGUGAAGAGGGUGUUGUAAGGAUCUGGAACUUCUCCCAAGCUCUGGAGAUUGAGCAGAGAGUCCGCACUUUGAGAGGCAUAAGGCUAGAAAACAGGAUGAGGAGACGUAAGCUCCAAGCAGAGAUAAGUUGUAAAGGUCGCAGCAGUGAGCAAUGUUUAGUUGCUGCAAAGAAGAACCAAACAAAUGGCGAUAGGAAUGGGUGGCAUUAUAAGCACAAGGUAACUGGAAAGCUGAAGGGUCAAAGUUAGGUUAUAGUUUCUGAUUAUUUUUGUGCUCUGUAGUUCUAAAGUCUAUGGCUAGACAUGGAUCGAAUUACAGUCUAAUUGACUUUUGUUGCUGUUGUCAUUUAGAUUUUAAUCAAAUAUUUGAUCCCUUUAUAAAAUUUGGUUAUGGUUACUAUCGCAAAGGAAAUUUCCUCUUGACAAACACAGUCGCAUCUCCUGAGUUGAGUGAUUGGCUGAUAGGGAAUGACGUGGGACUUGACAAUUCAUUUUGAUCCCUUUCUUUCUGAUAAUGUAAUAUUUGCUUGGCUCUUUCUUUUUCUUUUAACUGAUUGUGAAUAGAACGUAUUGGAUAUCAUGACCUGUGACUGGAAAAAUUUGGGUACCUGUACUUUGUUUGCUUGGUUAAUUUUGAUGUACAAAUGUAAGCAGUUAAGUCUUAUGACAUUCUUUAUUAGAUUAUUCAUUUGUUA